AUGAGUUCGCCCUCGGUACAGGUUCAACCGCAACCUUCCGGUGGCGCAAAGGGCGUUUCCCACACAACGAAAGAGGCUGGUGCCAUGAACUUCGAUAUUGUCCGCUGUUCAAGAUGUCAGCGCUCCAUGAGCCUUGAAAAUGACUCCUCCCCCGGUGUUGUGCGCUUCGGCAUGAAUUCAUAUUACUGCAGCCGCUGUGCAUCCAUGGUCGGCUUUAUCCGAUGA